AUGGUGCUGGAGCGACCGUGUAUGGGGGUGGGGUGGGGGGCGGGGUCCAGUCGGCUUGGCAGCACCGACGCCCUGCGGAUCCUCCAGGACGACGCGAACCCCACCGUCCGCCCACCGCUUUGCGGAAAGAGACUGGGAACCGUCGCCGUGGUGGGCCGCGCCGCCCCCGUUUCCCUCCGGCGGGCCCCCGCCCCACUUCCGCGGGAGGGAGCCCGAGGCUGGCCGGCCUUGGGGGUUGGCCGUCGGGAAGCCGCUCUUCUGGGGUGCCCAUGUCACCCUCCUGCGGCGGGCGGGCGGGCUGGCGGGCGGGGGCUGUUCCGGAGGGCCUCUGCCAACGUGCGCCGCAGCCCAGACGUGUCAGCGAGCGCUCGUGGGGCCAGAGGCGACCCGCGUGGCGGGCCAGCAGGGCUCGUGCGUGGCGGCGGGGGUGUCUGGCGAGGCCUGCUCAGCCCUCGCCGCCCGUGCAGCCCGCCGGACCCCGCCCAGGGCCCCGGGCCGCCUCCCGGCUCGUCUCUUCCUGGACCACCAGGGAGGAGGGGCUUGGCGGUGCCCCCGCCCCCCCCGCGUCCGGAGCACGGCUCGGGCACUGGCCAAGGCCCCCCCUCUCCUCCUGCAGCCGCCCCGCAGCCCACGCGAAGGCGCGCGCGCGCGCACGCAGGCCAAGCGGAGGAGGAGGAGGGGGGCGGCGGUGCCCCCCCUUCUUCCUCGCCGCCCUCGCCUCCGCCCAUCCUGCUGUGGUGGAGCGGCGGGGUGUUCCCGCACUUCCCGGGCGCGACGGCGUCGGUGCGUUGCCCGGGCGGGGCGCGGUGCGUGUCGACGCGGGACCGGCGCGCGCGGGGGCUGCGGCGGACGCGGGCGCUGCUCUUCUACGGCACCGACUUCCGGGCGUACGAGGCGCCGCUGCCGCGCCUGCGCCACCAGGCCUGGGCCCUCUUCCACGAGGAGUCGCCCAUGAACAACUUCCUGCUGGCGCACCGCGCCGGCCUGGCCCUCUUCAACCUCUCCGCCACCUUCCGCCGCGCCUCCCACUACCCGCUCAGCACCCAGUGGCUGCCCGGCGCCGCCUACCUGCGCCGCCCGCCCGCCCGCACCCUCGCCCAGCGCCACCGCGCCCGGCGCCGCCUCGCGCCCCUCCUCUACGUCCAGUCCCACUGCCACGUGCCCUCCGACCGCGACCGCUACGUCCGGCAGCUCAUGCAGCACAUCCAGGUGGACUCCUACGGUGAGUGCCUAAACAACCGAGAGCUUCCCAGUAAGCGGCUGAGGGACACGUCUACCGCAACCACAGAAGACCCUGAAUUCAUGGCUCUCAUCUCCAACUACAAGUUUCACCUGGCCAUGGAGAACGCCAUUUGCCACGACUACAUGACCGAGAAGCUCUGGAGGCCCAUGCACGUCGGCGCCGUCCCAGUAUAUCGAGGCUCACCGUCGGUACGGGACUGGAUGCCCAACAACCAUUCCAUCAUUCUCAUCGACGACUUCGAGAGCCCCAAGGAACUAGCAGAUUACCUUCACUUCCUGGACAGGAACCCAGACGAGUACAUGAAAUACCUGGAAUAUAAGAAUCCGGGUGGCAUCACGAACCAGUUCUUACUGGAGAACUUAGAGAGGCGUGAAUGGGGAGUGAACGACGAGACCCUGCCGAAUUACCUGAAUGGGUUUGAGUGUUUUGUGUGUGAACAAGAGAACGCCAGACUUGCAGCCGAGAGGGAACACAAGAGGACUGGCGGGAAAGUGCCGGCUCCUGAGCCUUAUAUUGCCCAGUCCACCCACAUGGGGUGCCCCCCACCAGCCCCUGGGUUCGGAAACAUUGAGGACAUCCCUGACGGAGACAGUUGGAAAGAGAUGUGGCUGCAGGAUUACUGGCAGAGCCUCGAUCAAGCUGAAGCCCUCUCAGCGAUGAUUCGUAACAACGAGUCGGAUCAGGGGAAAUUCUGGGAUUAUAUGCACAAAGUCUUCUUGAAGAGAACGCGGCAAAAUUGA